GAUUGAAUUCCAAAAUCGUGGCGCAGCCCACCUUCAUGGUGUUUACUGGACUACUUCCAGUAUAAAUCAAAUGAUCGAUUUAAACACGAUUAAAUCAACUCUCCCAAAUCCUAACUUAGAACCUGAUCUUUACCAAAAAGUUCGCUCAUUACAAAUACAUACCUGCAACUCCAAAUGUGGUGGCCCAGUGCCAACCGGUUCUAGAUGCAGAAAAGGAUUUCCUCGUCCCUUUGCUGAACAUACCUAUUACGAUCCAACUAACUAUAGAUAUACGUAUCAGUGUUUAACACCCGAAGACCAAUGGGUAGUCCCAUAUCAUGCCCCAACUUUGAUGGUAUGGAAUGCCCAUAUGAACGCCCAAUAUGUUACUAAUAAAGGACUUGCUCGGUAUAUAACCAAAUAUAUAAGCAAAUCUGAACCAACUCACCUAUUCAACAUACAAGAACAAUUAUGUUAUCGAGAAUAUAUCCAUGCUCGCCGAAUGGGAUCAAUGGAAUUAAUGUUCCUAUUACUUGGCGAACGCAUUACAAAUUCUUCAAUCCAAGUUCAAUUCCUAACAACUGAUCCUCCAUCCACUCG